AUGGGAGCCGCCGGCAUCAUCGCCGCGCUGCAGAUCGUGGGGGAGGUUUGGGUGCUGCCGGAAAGCCCCCGUUUUUUGGUGGGGAAGGGAAGGCUGGAGGAAGCAAAGUGGAGUCUGCAGCGGCUGGGGUACUGCAGCACCGCAGCAGAAAUAGAUUUAUUUAUUUUGCAACUUUUGGAAGAAAAGGAACACGAAAAAGAAGAAGAAAGGGUCCAGAAUGAACUCCUGCUGCAGCGCGGAGUCAAACUCAACACCUGGAGAUUCACGCUGUGCAGGUACUGGCGGCUGCUGCGGACCCACCACAGGCCCAUCUUGACUGCUGUUGGCUGCGCCGUUGCGCAAAACCUGACAGCAGCAAAUUCGGUGAUUUAUUUCGCAAUAGACAUUUUCACCAUGGCGGGCAUUUCAGACCCUUACUUGGCGGGCGCGGGAGUCGGAGCCAUGAAGUUCAUGGGAGUCAUCUGCUGCAUGUGCCUCGUUGAGAAGCUGGGGAGACGCGUUUUGCUGCUGCUCGGGACCUUCGGGGCUGUUGUGUGUCACCUUGUUAUUGCAUCGGGCUUUUUACUUCAGAAGACAGUGGAUGUCCACGCAGCAGCAGCAACAGCCACGGACGCAGCAGCAGCAGCAGCAGCAGCAGCAGACGCAGCAGCAGCAACAGGAACCACCCCCACAACGCUGCUGGUUGUUGGCAUGCUUGUCUUUAUGUUCUGCUGGAAUGUGUCUUGGGCCGCUCUCAUGUUUGUCGUCGCAAGCGAGGUGCUUCCCAACUCCUGCCGCGGCGUCGGCAUGGGCUUGACCAUCACCGCCUUCUGGACUGUCGCCUUCAUCAUGCAGUCGACGCUGGAGCCUCUCUUUGUUUGCAUCACAAUAGCAGGCAACGCCCUCAGCGGAAUGUUUGUUUACUUUUAUGUCCCCGAGGGAAAGGGAAUGGUAUUGGAAGACAUAGGAUUAUCUCAGCAGCGGAAGCAGCAAAUAGCGGAGCAUGCAGCACGUGCUGCAGCAGCAGCAGCAGACGCAGCAGCAGCAGCAGCAGACGCAGCAGCAACGCAAGAGGAAGCCGCAGCAGGGGGCCACGCAGCAGCAGACCUGCACGAGCCGUCGGACCCAGACGCCGCAGCAGCAGCCGAAACGUCAGAUGAGCUGCAGCAGGAGCAGCAGCAGCAGCAGCAGCAGCAGCAGCUGCGGGCGCGCGACGUGGGCAUCGCCAUCAACGGAAUGCCCUGGAGAAUAGAAGAGGACUGA